UGUCGUCGACCCUAUGACAUCUCUGAUGGAGAAAUGUCGAGACGACUUCAGCAGAGGAAUCACACAAUGACGAGCGGCAAGCAAGCAGAUGGGGCAAAGAGUAGAGGGCCUUACGCGAGAAGGAUAUGCUCACACUGCAGAAGCAGGAAGGUCAAGUGCCAUCUCCCCGACCCACAGGCGGUGCGUCCGUCAGCAGAUCCAUUGGAGCAACACCUUUCCUGCAAAAGAUGCAUCGACAAGGCGCUGGACUGCAUCAUCGAGAUGCCAGGAGCAUCGUCUUCGACGCCAGCAAGCCAAUCUUCAAGGGCUAGCCAGGCCCGGAGCGGCCAGGUGAUCAGUGAUCGGAAGCGCACCGCUUACGAAGAUGGUGCGAGCGUCGACGCCGACGAUAGCUUGGGCUCGAGCUCAUCCGAUGGCCAUUCACCUGCCAGCAUGUCCGACUUUCUCCUGGCCAACAACAUAGACGGGGCAGACGCGGUUCUUCGCCCUGCCCCCGGCCCUGCACAUCACUUUCAGCCCUCCAAUGCACAGAUCUUUGAGGCAUCCAUGCAACCCGUCUCUCUUCUCAGCCUCGUUUUGGCCCGUCAACCGCAGUCUUUGCGCCUCCUCCUCCACCUACCUCGCUCCCAGCAAUGUCCUGCCCUAGGGUCUUUGAUCGGUGCUGAGAUGGUCAAAGCGCUGCACAAGAGACUCUACUGGAUCUAUCUCUUCCGGCCCUAUCUGCCCGACCUGGCCCACUUGCACCGGCUGCUGCCCAAGGCCAACGAGCAUGGCGAUCCCGCCUCCUUUCUCUUUGCCGUGCUGUGCCGCCUCGCUCUGGAUGCACAGGCCGACAAUGCUGCUGCAAUCACCUGUGACAGCUCUUUGCACAUCUAUCUCCGCUCUGCCAUCGCCCACCACGGAGAGGCAGUGCUGCUUGGUCUGCCCCGUCACUGUUAUGCAGCCGCGGCCCUGGAGCUCCUCUAUGCCUUCUACCCGACGGCGCUAGCAGCAAGCACAACGUCGGCAGCCGCCUCGCUCUGCUCAGAGACGCUCCUGCUUGCUGCAGAGCGCAUUCUUGCGUCUGAGCACGUUGCCUCUCUUGUCCAGGAAGGGCCUCCGCUAGAAGCCAUCAACUUUACGCUGCAGAAGCUCAGACUCGAGGUAGCCAGCGACGGACUCCCUCGACACCGUCAACUUCGGCUCAGUUGGACUGCCAGGGGCAAUUGGGAGUGGGAGAGCUCUCUCGCAAGAGUCUCUUCACUCGGUGCCUUCCUAGAUCUCGAACGGCACUGUGGUAGCCUGCUUCUGGCGCAUAGUGCUGCCGCGUUGAAGGAGCAGGGCAAUACUCUGCAUCUUCUCUACUCCAAACGCGGCGACCUCGACCAGAUGGACACCGUCGUGAGGCUGCAUACCGAGAGCGAUGCCAGGCUGCUUCAACAGCUGCAUGUCGCCCUGUCGUCCUUCGGGGACUGCUUUGCAGCGGAGGCGGUCUCCAAUGUGGCCAUCUUGGAAGGGCACGUGAGACACAACAACGUCAGCGGCUAUGCCAUGUUCCUGGCUACACUCUCGGGAGCGGGUGCCAAUCAAGAAUCGGCCGUGUCCAAACACAUCGUUGAUCGGCUCAAAAGCCAACCAUCGGGUCCCAUCUCUUCUUUUCUUCAGCGGCACGGAGACCGGCGGACGGAUGAUUUGGCCAAGAUUUUGACGGGAUUCUGUGGCCUUUCCAGCCUCGAAUCUCCUCAGGGCGCCACUGUGCUCUUCCAGCCGCCAUCUGCCAUCUCCCUCUGCGCAGAGAUCAUCUAUGCCUGCAAAAACAUCGUCGAGGUCAAUGCAGCCAAGCUGACUGGCUGGUCAGGCUUGGAUGACCACCUGGAUCUGCAUCUUGUCGCCUUCACUGAGAGCGCCAGCCGUCUUGAGCGUCUGUGCUCUGGUCUCGCUACAGCAAGUGCAGGUCUCGUCCGUAGCCUUCAUACCAUCUUGGUGAAUUGGAGGCGGCAGGUAAAUCGGCGGGAGCGCCAGCAGCAGACCGUUGUAUUGCCUUCCUCUUCUUCUCCACAUCCAGCUCGCCGGCAAUCACUCAACACGCUCUCGUCGUCGACUGGCAGCGCUACAGUAGAAAGCGAUCUGGGCUAUCUUUCUCCUGCUGGGACAAGUGGCAGCAGCAGCUCACCGCUAGAUGAAUUCCUAGUGGACUGGAGUUCCUGGCCCCAGCUUGAUCAGCUCACCGACUGGUCCGUCUCCUUUGGUGCCGACUGGUCUGUCCCUUUUGCUGGCGCUGGAGCAGAAGGGGGCUGAUCACCAGGCCACCACAUCUAUCGCGCACUGCUUCCACUCACGGGCUUGCGAUGUCCGCGGCACGAGGCAAUCUCCCACGCGACCAUCUCCAUCCUGCCAGAGGCGGCGUCCAUCCAAGGCACCGUACUCUUUUUCUAGGGAGCUAGUGCAUCAGCCUGGUGUCUUCAGUAGCAGUGGAGCCUGAGCUGGUCAUAGCGGCGUCUCCAAUGGCGAGCAUCAAUGCACGGGAUGAGCGAGUUGCAAAAGACAAAGGUCUAACUCGGUCAGGCCAGCUUAAGAAAUGUAGCCAAGCCCUGAGGCUUUCAGCGUUUGCACAUGGGCAAUAGCAGAGAGCGCCU